UCCCUCCCGGUUCCGGCGUGGUAGAGGCCCCGGGUGGCGAACAAGUCUCCGGCACCAUGUCUGGUUUGUCUGGCCCAAUAUCCCAGCGUGGCCCUCGCCCGUUGGCGCUGCUGUUUGCGUUCCUGCUCGGCCCCAGCUCGGUCCUCGCCAUCUCUUUCCAUCUGCCCGUUAACUCCCGCAAGUGUCUCCGCGAGGAGAUCCACAAGGACCUGCUAGUGACGGGCGCCUACGAGAUCGCCGACCAGUCUGGGGGCGCUGGCGGCCUGCGCACCCACCUCAAGAUCACAGAUUCUGCUGGACAUAUUCUAUACUCCAAGGAGGAUGCAUCCAAGGGGAAGUUUGCUUUUACCACUGAAGAUUAUGACAUGUUUGAAGUAUGUUUUGAGAGCAAGGGAACAGGGCGGAUACCUGACCAACUCGUGAUCCUAGACAUGAAGCAUGGAGUGGAGGCGAAAAAUUAUGAAGAGAUCGCAAAAGUUGAGAAGCUCAAGCCAUUAGAGGUGGAGCUACGACGCCUAGAAGACCUUUCAGAAUCCAUUGUUAAUGAUUUUGCCUACAUGAAGAAGCGAGAGGAAGAGAUGCGUGACACCAAUGAGUCAACAAACACUCGGGUCCUGUACUUCAGCAUCUUUUCAAUGUUCUGCCUUAUCGGACUAGCCACCUGGCAGGUCUUCUACCUGCGUCGCUUCUUCAAGGCCAAGAAGUUGAUUGAGUAAUGAGACCCAGUCUCUUCCUCCCUCAUGAAUCUCAGCCAGCAGAACAUCGCUGGGACAUGCCUUGCCUAAGGCAUCCUACUAACAGCACCAUGAAGGCACAUUGACGCUUUCUUGCCAGAACUGAUCUCGUUUGGGAGGACGUGGGGUACUACCUACACCCAACAAGUCAAGGAGGGACUUCUUUUUAACUCGGUAGGAUUUGGACUGGUUUUGCAACAAUAGGACUAUUAUUAGAGUCACCCAUGACAAAAAAACAGGGGUUACCUAGAUGAUGCCAAAGCCAGCAUUUGUCUGGGUUUCCUCGUGUGAUCUGUUUGCACCAUGUUUGCUUUCCUUCUUCCACUUGCUCACCAGCUUGGGCUUUCACUCUAGUUCUUUUACCAGGAUUCAUAUGACCAUGUUGAACUUGUUUCAUACUGAUUGUUCUCUUUGGGUUUCCUUCUGAAAACACCUGGCCCUUAGCUGAAAUGUUUACAUAGCUUCUGGUGAUAUCCUUUCAUAAUUUUAUGUCUUUUAAAAGGGUCGUGAAUGUGAUACCUUAUAAAAGUGAACUCAGAACUGUAGAUUACUUCUUACAGAAAAUCUCAUUUUAGACAAUUAAAAUGUUUGCGUGCAACUGCUUGAUUUUUUUUUCUUUUUGUGUAUGUAUAUUAGUUCUGUGCAGUUUUAUCAUGUGUCUAGAGUCAUGAGACCAUCACAAGCUACAGGACAGUUCCAUCACAUGGAUCCCUCCUACUGCCCUUUUAUAGCCGCAGCCACCUCCCUCCUAUUUACCCCUUUACCCCAAACUCUGGCUACUACUAACCUGUUUAUCAUCUCUAUAAUUUUGUUGUUUAAAAAAUGUUAUAUAACAGUAUAGAAUGUGACUUUUUGAGAUUUACUUUUUUUACUCACCAUAAUUCCCAUGAAAUUCAUCCAAGUUGUUACAUUUUAUCAAUAGUUUGUUUCUUAUUAUUGCUGAGUAAUAUUCCGUGGUUACAGAUGUACCACCCAGCCUGUUUAACCAUUCAUCCUCUGAAGGACAGAUGGGUUUGUUUUCAGUUUUAGGCCUUUACUAAUUAAACUUCCGCGAAUUUUUGUGUAUAGGUUUUUAGGUGAGCAUAAAUUUUCAUUUUUAAAUUUAUCUGGGAUAAAUGCCCAAAAAGGGCAGUUGCCAGGUUCUGUGGUAAAAGCACAUUUAGUUGUAUAAGAAAUCCCUACUCUUUGCAGAGUGGCUGUACCAUUUUACAUUUCUAUCAGCAGAGUAUCACUGAUGAGUUUCUCUUCAUCCUCACCAACAUUGGGUAUUAUUACUAUUUUUUAAAUUUAGCCAUUUGAAUAGCUGUGUAUAAUGUCACAUUAUGGUUUUCAUUUGCAUUUUCCUAAUGGCUAAUGGUGUUGAACAUCUUUUCAUGUGCUUGUUUGUGAUUUGUAUAUCCUCUUCAAUGAAAUAUUUGUCUUUUUGCCCAUUUUCUAAUUGGAUCAUUUAUUACUGUUGAGUUUUGAAAGUUUCUUAUUUAUCCUAGAUAAAAGUCCUCUAUCAGAUAUGUGGUUGCUUGAAUUUUUAACAUCACUUUUACCAAGGAAAAGUAAGUAAAAUUUACCAGUUCUUCUUGCAUGGCCAAUCACCAACUUAAUUGAGGCAUAGUAGGUAUCAAAUAGUUAUCUAGGAGGGUCAUGGAGAGAGUAAAUACUUGAAAAAUAUAUGUUGUGAAGGCAAAACCAAGAAUUACAUGUGGGAGUGUGAGGUGCCUAAAGGCCAUACUAAUGUGAAAAAGAGAAAAUAUGGAGCUGGGGUGGAGUACUCUCCUUGGAUGCAUGAGGCCCCAGCAAAACACACACACACACACACACACACACACACACACCUACCCACAGAGUGGAUACAGUGAUGAUGUUUAUAAAGAAGAAAACUGUAACUUGAAAUCUUUCCCACUUCCCCCAGGAAAGUAGGAAGGAGUCCAUCCUUUCUGGAAUCUCUUUUUAACCCUGCUGACUGUUACAGAGCUUGUCUAAUUGAGUGAUAACAAUUACUGGACUUGGGCCCAUGUCACUUGCAGUUAAGCAGAAUAUGGAAAUUAUCAAAGAACACUGUUGUGAUGACAUGGAUAAAGUGUGGAGGUGAAAGAGGGCAUGAUUUAUGUUAAAAUGUCAGGCUAGUCUGUCAGUGUUCUAGUUACUAUUAAUAUAAAAGCUUUUUGGAGGGGAACUCCUGUAAACUCUUGUGCAGCAAUAAGCUCUUGCCAACUUGGGCAACACUGCCAUCUGCUGUUGAGAAGGGAUAGUUGCUGCUUCUAAGAACUUGGCAGUAGAUUCCUUGCCAUAGGGACAGCAGAUGUUGAGAAAGUCUGUAGCAUAUUAAAAGACAGGAUGCAUCCAAGUACAGAAAAACAUAAACUAGGGGGUUAAGUUCCAUCCUUAAACUUUUAAAUAUAAAAUCCUAGCCUAUAUCAUUAGCCUAACAAGAAUCUCAUAUUUCUGACUGGUGCCUUCUCCCAUUUUAGAAGCAGCGAAAGCUUCUGUUAGUUAUAGUCUUCUCCUCUGAAAAAUGUCAAAGAAGAAGGUAGAAGAGGAGAGAAUGUUUUACUUUGCUGAUGCUUUUGCUUUCAAGUGUGACUUUAAAUUUAAGCUUUAGGGAAUUAAAAUUCUUUAACGUCCCUUCCUUUUACUUAUGCCAAAAUACCACCUUGGACACUGUAUUUUGGGUUUAAAAGUUAAUUAAUAUUAUGCCUUGAUUUUAUCUAAAAGGUCAAAGUAUUUGCCUUUGAAAACAGGCUAGUAUGAGAGCAAAUAAGCUUUAAAAACAGGGCUGUUACCUGCUUUCCUCCGUUUUUUUAUUCAGAAUGAUCUGUAUAAGUGGGAACAAUUCAGUUCUAAGUAAACUUUGUUAUGCGUUGUCCUGAACCCGUCAAAGCCAUUUUCUCUUUGUUUAAUGGAAAGAGGCAUGUGGGAUUUAUACAGAUUCAUUUGUGUUGAAUUGGGGGGUUUUGUGUAAAUUUUCUCAAAUAAAUGCUAGUAGAAACCAU